GCUGUGGUUCUGUAAAGCAGAGCUGGCUCUCACUGGUUGGCUCCUGUUCUAAUGGCUCCGUCUGUUUGACAGGAGAGCAAGGGCUCGGAAAAUGAGCAUCAGCAUUGACCAGGAGACGGACUAUGCCGAACUGGUUCUGUCUGUAGGAGAAAUCACAUUGGGAGAGGAGAAUCAGAAGACAAUGAAAGAUCCACAAUUGAGAAGGAGAGAGGCCCACAGUAUCUCACAGGCUGUGUGCACUCUGCUGAAUUCUGGAGGGGGCGUGGUCAAGGCUCGCAUUGAGAAUUCAAAUUACAGCUUCAAAAGAGAUGGAAUAGGACUGGAUUUGGAAAAUUCUUUUCGUGAAAUUCUUCCAUUUCCUCAGAAAUACCUAGACUGCGUGCAGAACAAAGGGUACUUUUUAAUUUUUGUGAAACCAUGGAUCCCGAAUAUCUCCGGUCAGCGUGUCCUCACCUUGAAAACCAAUUUCUAUGUGAGAAAUUUGUCAACUUCAGAUGAACUGAAAGGUCCUGAUGCAGUGCAGUUCCUCAAAGCCAAGAAGGACUCUGAAGGGAGAUCACGUUCAAGACAGGGCUUGCCUGCAUCAUGUGACUCUGAUGAGUUACAGCACGGAAGUCUACACACAUUUUUUAACAGAGAAGAGUUGACCCUGGAGGAGACAUCCUGUUUUACUAAAUCCAAACAAACAGAAGUUAAAAUGACCCCUAAAGAAAAGAUUUUAGAGAUUCUCCCUAAAACUGUGUCUGCAUUUGCCAACACUGACGGGGGAUAUUUGUUCAUUGGUUUAAAUGGAGGAAACCUAAACCAGCAAAUGGUUGGUAUUGAAGCGGAGAAGAGCAAUCUUGAGAAUCUAGAGAGUGAAAUAGAGAAGUGCAUCCGACAGCUGCCUCUCGGUCACUUCUGUGAGAAACAAGAGAAGAUAAAGUACACAUGCAAAUUCAUCCCAGUCCACAGACCAGGAGAUGUGCGCUCAUAUGUGUGUGCACUCAGAGUGGAGAGAUUCUGCUGUGCUGUGUUCGCUGCAGAGCCUGAGUCCUGGCACGUGGAAGACAGCUGUGUCAAGAGGUUUACCUCAGAGGAAUGGGUCAAGCGCCAGAUGGACACAACACGAGUGCUGGCUAGAAAGAUGCCAUGCUCUCCAGAAGGCCUCUGCAUGGAGCUGUGCUCAGAACACGAACGAUAUGAGCAGUUACUUCAGACAGAGCUGGGCUCACUUCGUCAAGGGAAGCUGAUCAUCUCUGAGAGCUUGGCUUUAAGUCUGGGCUUACAGAAGAAGCAGGAAGUCAUCUUGGAUGUGCUUCAUAUUUCCCAGGACAGUCUCCUGACCCUGCACAGCUUUGUCCGGGGAGAGGAGGAGCUGGAAGGCGACAGCUCCGUUCUGAGGGACCUGGGCGCCAAGUUAAAGAACGACUGUAAACAAACUGCACAGACUUUAAAGCAGAAGCUGGUAAAUCUUGGCGGUUUCACUGGGAAAAUAGGUGUUGCGAUAAAGAUAACGUACUUGGGUCAUAGGGCAGUGUCUCUAUAUGAUUCAAGCUCGAGAAUAAGUUACCCCAGAGAGUAUUAUCUGACAACCAAGACAGUAAGGGACUUAGAGAAGGCCCUUAUUGAAGUAUUAGGGACAGUGUACCGAUGUAAAACUGUAGUGAUCAGUUUACCUCUGAAUUUUUAAACACAUAGAAUUAGAUAUUUUACUUUUCGAGGAUUGUCCUAAAUCAUGUUUCAGACUGUUUGACAUGGAAAGUGGACUAUGGUGCAAUGAUAUCUCAUAUUAUGAAGUGAAAAUAUUCUCUGAUUGUCAGGAGCCAUUUCCCCCAAAAAGUAUUGCAGGGACCAUUGUCCUGGGGAUGUUUGCAGAGAGCCCCACACCCCAACUAUAUUGAGAACUGUUUGUGGUUGGAAUCACAAAAGGAAAGAUUCUGCUUGCAUAGAGAACACUAGGUGUGUUGACUCCUGACCUCCUGACCAAGGACUCCUGACCUCAUGACCAAGGACUCGUGACCUCCUGACCAAAGACUCGUGACCUCGUAUCCGAGGACUCCUGACAGAAGACUUGUGACCGACUCGUGACCAAGUGUCUACUUGUGA